CAAGUCCGAUUGCUCAUACGUGCGCGGUAAGCACCGCCUCCCCCUCUUUCCAGCAAGACUCGACCCGAGAAAAAGUACAUUUCAUGGGUUCAAAAAUAGUUUUUUAAUCACCAACAAGACGCAAAAAGAACCAUGGACGCACUCGUAGGUGCCAUUGACCAAGGUACAAGCUCGACAAGGUUCCUGGUGUUCAACGCCAAGACGGCCCAACUGAUUAGUCAGCACCAAGUCGAAAUCGAGCAGAGCUUUCCUAAGGAAGGGUGGGUCGAGGAGGAUCCAAAGGAGAUUAUACAGUCAGUCUAUGAAUGUAUGGACAGGACGUUUGAAAAGCUUCACCAGCUCAACAUUGACAUCAGCAAAAUUAAAGCGGUGGGCGUGGCGAAUCAGAGAGAGACAACAGUGGUUUGGGACAAAGAGACAGGAGAACCUCUUUACAACGCUAUUGUUUGGUUAGACCUGCGCACACAGUCUACUGUGGAGAGACUUAUUAAUAAAACACCAGACAAAAACAAGAAUUACCUCAAGCACAAGACAGGACUUCCCAUCAGCACCUAUUUUAGUGCAGUGAAGGUCCGCUGGCUGCUAGACAAUGUGGAAGAGGUGCAACGGGCUGUGUUAAGUGGACGUGCUAUGUUUGGCACUGUGGACUCCUGGAUCAUCUGGUGUCUGACAGGUGGCAAGGAUGGAGGAGUUCACUGCACCGAUGUUUCUAAUGCCAGUCGCACCAUGCUCUUCAACAUUCACACCAUGGACUGGGAUCCUGAGCUGUGCAGGUACUUUGAUAUCUCGAUGGAAAUGCUCCCCAAAGUCAAAAGCUCUUCUGAAAUCUAUGGCAUGAUGAAAACAAGCAACCUUGAAGGAGUGCCGAUUUCUGGGUGUCUUGGUGAUCAGUCGGCAGCUUUGGUUGGUCAGAUGUGCUUCCAGAAAGGUCAGACCAAAAACACAUAUGGGACCGGUUGCUUCCUGCUCAGAAACACAGGACACAAACCCGUGUUGUCGGAGCACGGCCUGCUCACCACCGUAGCCUACAAGCUUGGGAAAGAACAGCCUGCUUGCUAUGCUUUAGAGGGCUCUGUGGCGAUCGCUGGGGCGGUGGUGCGAUGGUUGAAAGACAACAUGGGCAUCGUGCAGUCAUCCUCAGACAUCGAGAAUUUAGCUGCCACAGCAGGAACUUCGUAUGGUUGUUAUUUUGUUCCUGCUUUCUCCGGACUUUAUGCUCCAUAUUGGGAGCCCAGUGCACGCGGCAUCAUAUGUGGUCUCACACAGUUCACCAACAAAAGCCAUUUGGCGUUUGCUGCCCUGGAGGCCGUCUGCUUCCAAACCAGAGAGAUUGUUGACGCCAUGAAUCAGGACAGUGGAGUUCCUCUGCUGCAGCUGCAGGUGGAUGGCGGCAUGACAUCCAACACGUUACUGAUGCAGCUGCAGGCUGACAUCCUGGGAGUGUGUGUCGUGAAACCUUGCAUGUCAGAGACCACGGCCCUGGGAGUCGCCAUGGCAGCAGGGUCCGCAGAAGGUGUCAACGUGUGGAACCUGAGCCCUGAUAGUCUUCCUCGCAUCACUUGUGAGAAAUUCCAGCCUCAGAUCAACUGUGAUGAAAGCGACUUCCGCUUUGCUCGCUGGAAGAAGGCUGUCCAAAGAUCCAUGAAUUGGGAAACCACAGAGUCCGACUGCGCUGAUGGAGAUAAGCAGCAUUGACAAAUCAGAAUGUUUUGUGGACAAAAACAUGACAUGAUCGUCUAGCAGUACCAAAUGGAUUGGAGAAGCAGAAGACAACUUCACUUUUUCUGGAUCGGAUAAUGUUUGGUGUUUAGACCAUUACACUUUUAAAGACGAUCGAUGUUGUAGGGUUUUUUUUUUUUUACUGUAGUGUACAGAAUGGUAAUUGUACUCUUUUUCCUGUACAUCAGCACUGCAGCUUGUCUUGGUUAACCUUAACCAGGGAUCUUCAAUGUUUCACAGGCCAAGAACGCACAAUCUGAUGGUUAGAAGGCGCGGGAACUGCCUACUUAUACACAAUAUCCUAUUUAAAAAAUCUGAUUGUUUGAAAUUGACCCUACGGAUUUUUGCUUUUGUACAACACUAAAAUAUUCAAAGAGUACAGUUUAGCACUACUAAUCGCCAGCUAUUUAAAAUGCUAACAUGAAUAGAAUUUAAUUAGUUUUGAUUUAGGGCUUCACGGUGGAAGAGGGGUUAGUGUGUCUGCCUCACAAUACGAUAGUCCUGAGUAGUCUAGGGUUCAAUCCAGGGCUCGGGAUCUUUCUGUGUGGAGUUUGCAUGUUCUCCCCGUGACUGCGUGGGUUCCCUCCGGGUACUCCGGCUUACUCCCACUUCCAAAGACAUGCACCUGGGAAUAGGUUGAUUGGCCCUAGUGUGUGAAUGUUGUCUGUGUUGGCCCUGCGAUGAGGUGGCGACUUGUCCAGGGUGUACCCCGCCUUCCACCCGAUUGUAGCUGAGAUAGGCACCAGCCAACGGGAAUAAGCGGUAGUAAAUGGAUGGAUGGAUAGUUUUGAUUUAAACCUGUGAGUUAUAGUGAGUAGAGUGGCCAUGUCACUGCCAUUUAUAAAUGAUUAAGAAAGAUAUUUACAAAAAAAAUUGCAGCAGGAUUUAAAAAAGGAAAAUAAAUACAUUUAUAAUCAACCCCCGGCCUCACUGGGGGUCGUGGAACACCUGUUGAAGACCUCUGACCUACAGCUGUAAUUAAAAAAACAUGCAAUGAUUAGGGCCACAGAGGAAAAAAAAGGUUUUGCUGUAGUGUUUCCAUCCAUCACAGGAGUUAUAUACUAGAACGCCGUGCGUUUGGCAAAUUUCAGCAAAGUCAGAACACUAUUUUAUAAUUUAAAUAUGCCAAAGUGCAGUGUGGGGGCCACCUACAGCAAUUGGUUUAACAGCCUGCAGCACAUUGUAAGAAUGUGUGCUCGAAAUAAUAGAUUCACAUCCAAAUAGUGAUUUUUAUUUAAUUUAGACGCUGUAGACCCUGUAUCAAUUCUUCGUGAAAAAGGAGCUGAGCCAGAAGGCAAAGAUCCCAAUUUACUGGUCGAUCCAAGUUCCCAUCCUCACCUGUUAUGAGCUUUGCAUUAUGACUGAAAGGACAAGAUCACGCGUACAAGCGGCCGCAAUGAGUUUCCUUCGUCGGGUGGCGAGGUUCUCCCUUAGAGGAGCCAGAUGAGGUGACUCGGACAUCUGGUCAGGAUGCCCCCAGAAUACCUCUCUGGGGAGGUGUUUAGGGCACGUCCGACCACAGGAAAGACGGGAACAUGUGUUGUCUACCAGCUGGCCUGGAAACGCCUCGGGAUCCCCCAGAAGGAGCCAGACGAGGGGAAUGGGGAGAGAAGUCUGGGCUUCUCUGCUUGUGCUGCUACCCCCACGACCCAACUUCGGUAUACAUAUCAAAUUGUAUAAUUAUUGCAUUAAUGAGAAUUUGUCCAAGCUUAACAGUUGGUAUAAAACUUGACAUUUUAAGCUGAAUAAGGUACAUCUGGCAACAUUUUACAGUAUGUAAGUUAGUCAAGUUAAGAGCAGCACAGCAUGAACACACAGAUUGCUGAUAAAGACUUAAUUUUUUGAAUAAAAAGUUGUGUUCAUUCUUCAA